GCCCAUUCUGAGCCGACGGCUGGCGGCGAACGCGUGCGAGAAAAAAAUAGGUGAAAAUAUAUAUAGCGUGUGGAAGCUAGAAAACGCAGAAUAAGCUGUUAUUAGAACACUGAUGGCAGAACAAAACAUGAAUUCGGGUGAGAAAACGACAACGGACAAGACGGCGGAGGCUGUUGACUGGCUGCAAUUAGAGUACCGAGAAGGAGAAGCCGUAUUAGAAGUGGAAUGUGGACAGAACCAAGCGACCAUGUAUGUCGAUAGACUUUGCCAAGGCAGCAAGGGGAAGUGUAUACUGUAUGAUAAAUCGUGGCUGACGCCCAACGAACUGCAACGCAUCAGCGGCCGGCAAACGGCCAAGGACUGGAAACGUUCGAUACGGCACCGCGGCAAAUCGUUAAAGCUGCUCGUCGCUAGAGGAGUUUUACGAGUUCACGACGCGACUUGCCGUUGCCGAGUUUGCGCUCCUCAGAGUCAGCGUCGUAAACGAAGCGCUGAGGACGAUGGACAGGACGAGAUUGUUUACAUGAAAGUUGCCAAGGUCGCUUCUUCGAAAAUCGACGAUUGCGAGUCACCACCACCACCACCACCACCACCACGAUCACCACCACCACCACCACCGCCUGCGCGACCGCCGCCACCGACGACUCAUCGAUCCGAAGAUAAAAUUGCGGCCGGCGGCGAUGAUAAAAAGCCGUUAGAGGGCGUCCUAUCGCAGAAAAAGUCUGAUCUCGAGAGGGUGGUGCAAAAGCUUCAAAAGGGAAUCGAAUUUAAGAGACAGACGCCUGAAUUAUUAGAAGAGAAAAAUGACGAGCAGAAAAGAGAGGUCAAAGAGGAAGAGGAAGAAGACGUAAAAGGGGAUGGUGAUGAGGAGGUUGAGAGUGAAGCGGAAGUUGACGUCGUCGACGACAGCUGCAUAAGGACGGAUCUGUCGCGCCUCCUACCAUACAUAGGUAAACGCAAGCGAAUCGAUCAAGCAUCCCCAAUAAAAGCGUCUACAGCUUCGGAAAUGCCAAAAACUGCUUUGGCUAAUACACCAAAGUCGCAAGUUGAAGAGGCGUCCCCAGCAAAAACUACGGCAACUCCCCAAUUUCCGAAUGAUCGACUGGCCUACGAAUACGCAGCCUUGUAUAAUUCAGCUUUACUUAGGAGUCAGAGCCAAAGUCAAUGGCCUCGCUACGCGACUGACUACGAAUAUGCCGCUUCUCUACUUCACCACUACCACCACUUAUCUUCCAUUCAUCCGGCUGCCGCCUCUUUCGUGUCGCCCUUGACGUCACCUUUUUGGUCGCAACCCUGCUGUUCGCUCGCCUCCAAUAAUUUAAUGGCGGGCGCCGCCAAUUUCUAUUCCCGUCUACAAAACGUCGAAUUGAAUAAAUCUACUGUUCCGUCGUCGUCUUAA